ACUUUAUAGUCGAUGGCACGGGGCACACAACAACAUGCUCCUUCCACCCGUUCACAACUCGUUCAGCCAGGUGGUGUGUGUAGUCUGCUAGACUAGAACAACCACUCUUAUUCUCUUGUUAGUUGUAACCGUUGCACGUUCGAAUGAACUUGUCGUUUUCUCCCCGAGUUGUUGCGCCAGUGCUGUGGGUGGAUGUAAUGUUGGCGGUGUCUACUGUGCAAUUCGACGAGUGUUGAAAUUCAAUUGAAUUUUGUUGGGUGCUGUGUUGGGGUACGUGGAAUAUAGACAAGAAAAGAUGAAGAACUUUAUCGUGGCCUCGGUUCUAGGCAAAGGCAAAGCAAAUCAAGGAGCGGAACAGCAACAGACGGCCGACCAGGUAAUUAACAAGAAUCGGACCAGCAAGGGUGGAGGAGGACUAGUUUUCCAGCAACAACAGCAGCAGACGGCCGUGCUCAAGAAUGUCGGACGUCGACCGGAUGUUCAACAUCAUCAUCCGAGCAGAGAGCGUCCCAGGGGGAAAUCGUGUGACCGAUUGAUGCAGAAUAAUCGCAGUGAAAAUUGUCAACACUACGGCGGAAGCGAGUGGAGCGACGACGGAGGAUUCGCACAGUGGCGGGCCAUCCAUCAUCGAAUGCCGACUAAUUCAUCCCGACCGGAAACUUAUUACCAUCACGCCCGACCGAUUUCCGUCUCCAUCACAGAUCGGAUCCAAUUUGUGUUGCGGCAACAAGACCGACAGCAGCAACAACAACAACAACAACAGCAACAACAAAACAUUCAAAUCGAGAAUGGCUUCCAGCUGGCGACUCAUCACGGAUUCCAGAAACCGUUUACGUCUCAGUACUAUCCGGAAUACCAUCACCAUCCAUCGGCUAAUGGCAACGGGACGAUGGGCAUGAACGGCUGGGCCUAUCAAAGUGGUGGCAGUUCCAGCGAGGAGGCCGUCGGUCCCAAAUCGCUCGACUCCCAGUGGGCUCUGCAGCGGCAGAACAACAACCAACAGCAACAACAACAUCAACUCAACGACCUAAAUCGAGUCAAUCAUCCGCAUCCAGCAGCCUUGGACCAGCAGUCGGCUCUUUCCAGGAAGGUCUCGACUUACGGAACCCUACCCCGAAAUCGACAGCGAUUCUUCACGGCCAAAUACCAUAAUGCUUCGUCGUCUGUGGGUGACUCGAUGCACAACGGCGGACAACAACAGCAGCAACAGCAACCACUACACAACCAGACGCAGCAACAACAAUCGCACCAGCAGCAGCAACAACAGCAGCAGCAGCGAUUGCGAGGCGUCACCAACGGGGACGUAGGGACGUUACGACCGGGCCGUUUGCCCCAACCACAACACCAACAACAACAACAACAGCCUCCAGCUGUUUCGUCUUCCGCACUGGCCACCAACGGCGGCGGUGGCGGUGGCGACAGCGCUGGAGGAGAGUUGGGCUCUGCCGCAUCGUCGUCGUCUCAGCCCCACUCGGGCUCUGCCGCCCACUCGACCCACUCGACGGGCCUCGUGCUCUCGGCGCCCACCUCUCUCCAGCAGCAGCAGACCUCCUUGGCUGGCCCACAGUCCCAGCAGCAACAGCCUCCGCAUUCCACCGCUAAAACGGAUCAGACAGACAGCGGAGAAGCUCUGAAGAGGCGCAACAACGAUUUGUGCCCGGCAGGAGGCGGCGGAACGCUGAGACGAGGAGCCGCCAGAUCAUCGCCCUGCAACGUAGACGAUCUGAUUCACUUGGCUGGACCUUUGACCGAAGAUGCCGUCCUCAAAACCCUGCAGGCCCGAUUCUAUGCCGACGAAUUUUUCACGAAUAUCGGGCCGAUCCUCUUGGCUUUCAACCCUUAUAAUGAGGUGGGCAACGCUCUCACCCUUUCCAGUACGCGCAAUAUUGUCCAGAAGCCGCAACUGGUGCGCGUCGUCCAAGAAGCCGUCCGGCAGCAAUCGGAAACCGGUUACCCCCAAGCGAUUAUCCUCUCCGGAUGCAGUGGCUCGGGAAAGACAUACGCCUCAAUGCUCCUCCUACGGCAGUUGUUUGACGUGGCCGGCGGCGGACCCGAAACGGACGCCUUUAAGCACCUAGCCGCCGCUUUUACCGUCCUCCGAUCGCUGGGCAGCGCCAAGACGCAGGCCAAUUCAGAAUCCAGCCGCAUCGGUCACUUUAUCGAAGUGCAAGUGACGGACGGGGCUCUGUACAGGACCAAGAUUCACUGCUAUUUCCUGGACCAAACUCGCGUCGUCCGCCAGCUAGCCCAUGAGAAAAAUUAUCACAUCUUCUACCAGAUGUUGGCCGGAUUGACGGCAGAGGAGCGAGCCCGCCUCUCGCUCGAAGGCUAUUCGGUCGACAACCUGCGCUACCUCAAUCGCGGUGACACGCGAUGCAACCAGGCGGAGGAUGCCCGCCGAUUCGCCAACUGGAAAGCCUGUCUCGGUGUACUGGGCAUUCCGUUUUUGGAUGUGGUGCGAGUUCUGGCGGCCGUCCUCCUUCUGGGAAACCUCCAAUUCCACGAGACGAAUGGGGGCGGUGGCCAGUGCGAGACGCACGAAGCCGAGCUUAAAGCCGUUGCCGGACUGUUGGGUGUCACUCCGGCUUCGUUACUACGCGGGCUGACCAUGCGGACUCACAAUGUCCGCGGGCAGCUCGUCAAGUCCAUUUGCGACGCCAACAUGUCGGGAGGAGCCAGGGACGCGCUGGCCAAAGCCCUCUACUGCCGGACGGUGGCGACCAUUGUGCGACGAGCCAACAGCCUCAAGCGCCUCUGCAUGUCUGGCACGCUUAGCUCCGACUCGAACGAUUCGGUGCACAACCAGGCCGAGGUGGCAAGUCAACACGCAUCGACGGUCGGCACGGCCGGAUCGAAAUCCAGCCGCUCCAUGGCCGUUCUCAAUACGGCAGUCAGGCACGCCACCGACGGAUUUAUAGGAAUUCUCGACAUGUUUGGAUUCGAGGAUCCAAAGCCGAGUCAGUUGGAACACUUGUGCAUCAACUUGUGUGCUGAAACGAUGCAGCAUUUCUUCAACACGCACAUCUUCAAGUCGAGCAUCGAAUCCUGUCGGGAGGAAGGCAUCCAGUGUGAAUUGGAGCCGGACUACGUUGACAACGUGCCCUGCAUCGACCUCAUCUCUUCUCUGCGGACCGGCCUGUUGAGCAUGUUGGAUGUCGAGUGCAGCGCUCGAGGCACUCCGGAAUCCUACGUUCAAAAAGUCCGACUCCAGCACAAGCACAACAGCAGGUUAUUCGAGUCGAAAUCGGUGGCCUCGGACCUGCGAGUCUUUGGCAUUCAGCACUUUGCUGGCCGAGUCGUCUAUGAUGCCAGCGACUGCCUGGAAACCAAUCGCGAUGUCCUUCCGGAUGACUUGGUUUCCGUGUUUUACAAGCAGAGCUGUCAAUUUGGUUUCGCUACCCAUCUCUUCGGUUCAGAGCUCAAAGUUCUUUUCGCCCAGGAGACGGCACCCAGGGGCAUCCGCUUCCGCAUUUCACCCACCUCACACACCGAUCUGUUGAACGGUGACGAUCCAGUUUCGACGUUGACGCAAGACUUUCACACGCGGCUGGACAAUCUGUUGCGGACGCUGGUUCACGCCAAGCCGCACUUUAUCCGGUGCGUCAGGGCCAACAAUACAGAGACGACGGGACAUUUCGAUCGAUCGGUGGUCAGCCGACAGGUCCGAGCCCUUCAAGUCCUCGAAACCGUCAAUCUCAUGGCUGGAGGCUACCCACACCGGAUGAGAUUCAAAGCCUUCAAUGCCCGUUACAAGAUGCUGGCACCUUUCAAACGGCUGAAAAGGGUCGACGACAAAGCGCUGGACGACUGCAGUCUGAUUUUGCAAUCCUUCCAAGCCAAUACGACCCUUCAGCUGCCCAAGGAUUCGAACGUCAGCACCAGCUGGUCGCUGGGCAAACGGCACAUUUUCCUCAGCGAGGGCGCCCGCCAGCAGCUGGAAGCAUUAAGAGCCGAAACGCGUCACAACGCCGCCGUGUCGAUCCAGUCGACGUGGCGCGGAUGGCACUUUCGCCGUCGCUGGCCCACAGUCAAACGCCAGCUGGAACUGCGAAUGGGCCGCAAUGCCAACAACUCGUCAAUGUCGGUCAACAACGCCGGAAAUUUACAAAACCACCAGGUCUCUGGUGGCUCCUCCCACGUCAACCUCAAUCGCGGCAACUCUCAUCCGUCUAACCGGAAUCAGCAACAACAACAUCAACAACAGCAGUUGCAGCAAUCGCAACAACAGCAGCAGCAGCAGCAAUCGCAGCAGAGCCAGCAACUGUCGGCUGUCGGCCAGAACGUCGGCUCAUCCCAGCAACAGUCGUACGGGCGACCCAGGCCGCAGCCAAUCGCCUGCACUCCUCCGCCGGAAGCUUUGGCUGGACUCCAUCAAGAGAAAUGCGACGCCAAAACGAUACAGCACACGUGCUCCCUUUUCGGUCUCGACUUGGAGAGACCUCCGCCGUUGCCACCCAGUCGGUCCUACACCGUGGCCGGAAACAGCAAAUUGGGGUACCCGCAAACGCGAAUCAUGAAAAGCACUUUUCCAGAAGACGCCAACGGCGACGUCGUGUUACGAGGAGGCGAGGCCGUGAUGGUCAUGGGCGCCUCACACCGCAGGGGUCACCUGCUGGUCGAACACAAGAACCAUCACUUCCAUGUGCCGUAUCAGUUUCUCGAGCUCAAACCCAAUAGCCAGCAGCCUGGCGUCGACAUUUGAACUGGACAUUUGUCCUGGCCCGGAAGGAAUUUUAUUUAAAAAAAAAGAACCACGUCGCCUCCCCCUGAAACAAAUUCUACGUCGUUUCUUUUUUUUAUCUUCCAGCCUCUCCACAAAAUCCAAGGAUUCAAUUU